GUGUUCACUGGAACAUCUGUAGGCGCAUUUACACACUCUCUUUACUGUGAGCCUCCUGCUUGCCACAGUCAGAGUGGGCAGUCAGUGACUCUUCUCCAAGUGCUGACAUUUAAUACCUGGUCUAGCGGCAAAGAUUCAGAGAGGGGUGAGCAGCCCCUCUGGCCUUCAGAUAAAAGAUCUCCACAGGAUCAGAAAAAUAUGUCAUUACAGAUGGUAACAGUCAGUAAUAACAUGGCCUUAAUUCAACCAGGCUUCUCACUAAUCAAUUUUGAUGGGCAAGUUUUCUUCUUUGGCCAAAAAGGCUGGCCAAAGAGGUCCUGCCCCACUGGAGUUUUCCACUUUGAUGUAAAGCAUAACCAUCUCAAACUGAAGCCUGUCGUUUUCUCUAAGGAUUCCUGCUACCUUCCUCCUCUUCGUUACCCGGCCACUUGCAUAUUCAGAAGCGGCGUAGAGUCUGAAAAGCAGCAGUACAUCAUCCAUGGAGGGAAAACACCAAACAAUGAGCUUUCAGAUAAGAUUUAUGUCAUGUCCAUUGUUGGCAAGAACAACAAAAAGGUUACUUUUCGCUGCACAGAGAAAGACUUGGUGGGAGAUGUUCCUGAAGCCAGAUACGGUCAUUCGAUUGAUGUGGUGUAUAGUCGAGGGAAAAGUAUGGGUGUUCUCUUUGGAGGACGGUCGUACAUUCCGUCUGCCCAAAGAACCACGGAAAAAUGGAAUAGUGUAGCUGACUGUCUGCCCCAUGUUUUCUUGGUGGAUUUUGAAUUUGGGUGCUCUACAUCAUACCUACUUCCAGAACUUCAGGAUGGGCUGUCUUUUCAUGUUUCCAUUGCCAGAAAUGAUACCAUUUAUAUUUUAGGAGGACAUUCACUUGCCAAUAACAUCCGCCCUGCCAACCUAUACAGAAUAAAGGUUGAUCUCCCACUGGGUAGCCCAGCUGUGAAUUGCACAGUCUUGCCAGGAGGAAUCUCUGUCUCCAGUGCAAUCCUGACUCAAACAAACAGUGAUGAAUUUGUUAUUGUUGGUGGCUAUCAGCUUGAAAAUCAAAAGAGAAUGAUAUGCAACAUCGUCUCUUUGGAGGACAAUAAGAUAGACAUUCGCGAGAUGGAGACCCCAGAUUGGACCCCAGAUAUUAAGCACAGCAAGAUCUGGUUUGGGAGCAAUAUGGGAAAUGGAACUGUAUUCCUCUGCAUACCAGGAGACAAUAAACAGGCUACUUCAGAAGCUUUCUAUUUCUAUAUGUUGAAAUGUGCUGAAGACGAUGUGAAUGAAGAUCAGAAAACACUCACGAAUAGUCAGACAUCAACAGAAGACCCAGGGGACUCCACUCCCUUUGAAGACUCAGAAGAAUUUUGUUUCAGUGCAGAAGCAUGUAGUUUUGAUGGUGACGAUGAGUUUGACACCUACAAUGAAGACGAUGAGGAAGAUGAGUCUGAGACAGGCUACUGGAUUACAUGCUGCCCUACUUGCGAUGUGGAUAUCAACACUUGGGUACCAUUUUAUUCAACUGAGCUCAACAAACCUGCCAUGAUCUACUGCUCUCAUGGAGAUGGGCACUGGGUCCAUGCCCAGUGCAUGGAUCUGGCAGAACGCACGCUCAUUCAACUGUCAGAAGGAAGCAACAAAUAUUACUGCAAUGAGCACGUGAAGAUAGCAAGAGCACUGCAAACCCCCAAAAGAGUCCUACCCUUAAAAAAGCCUCCACUGAAAUCUCUCCACAAAAAAGGUUCUGGGAAAAUUAUUACUCCUGCCAAGAAAUCUUUUCUUAGAAGGCUGUUUGAUUAGUUUCACAAAAGCCUUUCAAAUUCACAUGCAUCAAAAUUUUAA